CACACAGACAUCGACUUGAGAUACACACACAUGGACUCACACACACACAAGUACACACACACAGACAUCGACUUUAGGUACACACACAUGGACUCACACACAAGUACACACAUACAGACAUCGACUUACACACACAUACAAACUUACACACACAGACAUCGACUUUAGAUACACACACAUGGACUCUCACACAAACAAGUACAUACAGACAUCGACUUACACACACAUACAAACUUACACACACAGACAUCGACUUUAGAUACACACACAUGGACUCACACACACACAAGUACACACAGACAUCGACUUUAGACACACACACAUGGGCUCGCACACACACACACGUACACACAGACAUCGACUUACACACAAGUACACACAGACAUCGACUUACACACAAGUACACACACACAGACAUCGACUUUAGAUACACACACAUGGACUCACACACACACAAGUACACACAGACAUCGACUUACACACAAGUACACACACACAGACAUCGACUUUAGACACACACACAUGGACACACACCCACGAUAGUCUAUUCCCAUGUUAUCUCAACGGAAAUCGAUUCCAAUAGCUUAAUCAACUAUACAUCGAUUUCCAUGUUAUCCCAAUAGAAAUCGACUCUAUAAAUCCACUACAAGAAUCGAUUCCUAAUGUUAUCCCAUUAAGAAUCGACGCGAGUAGAGUUAAUCGAACCGGGAAUCGAAUUUCUCUGCACCACGUGACUUGAGAAACUGAAACACGUGGGUCCCAGGUGGGUGUCAUGGCGGUGCGAGAACUCUUCUCGAGACUUGGCCUACUCUUCCUCUCCGUCCUCCUCCUCGUAACGUGCAGACACGCUGCGACUCCCCCUCUGAAUGUCCGCGUGGAGUCUCGCGACCUGCUGACGCAACUCCGCUGGGACCACGACGCUCAAGUGGACGUCGCCACCAGCAGCAGCUCAAAGCUCCUGCACGUUGCCUACAGGGUGGACAGCAAACUCUAUGGACGAGCCCGCUGGCGGACCGUCUGCGCUGCCACCGCAGAGACACGGUGCGAUGUCUCCUCAGCGCUGCGACAUCCUGGCGACCGCUAUCACCUUCGCGUCAGAUCCACCGUCUCAUCACCACCAACAACACCAUCAUCAUCGUCACCAACACCACCAUCACCACCAUCAUCGUCACCCUGGGUCGUGGUUGAGGUGUUACCCUUGAAGACAACCGUGCUGAGUGCUCCGACUGUCACCUUGAUGCUGCACAAGAACAUGACGCUGGAGGAGGAGGGGGGUGAUGAUGAGGGGGAGGGUGGUGAGGAGGGGGAGGAGUGUGGUGGUGAGGAGGGUGAGGACUACGAAGAUGAUGACGACGAUGGCUACGACGAUGAUGACUACGAUGAUGAUGAUGAGGGUGAUGAUGAUGAUGAGGGUGAUGAUGAGGAUGAUGAGGGUGAUGAUGAUGAUGAGGGUGAUGAUGAUGAUGAGGGUGAUGAUGAGGAUGAUAGUGGCGACGGUGAUGGGGCCGACGGUGAUGGCGGUGACGGUGAUAACUACGAUGAUGAUGAUGAUGAGGGUGAUGGCGGUGACGGUGAUGGUGGCGACGCUGAUGACGACGAUGAGGGUGAUGGUGGUGACAGUGAUGGCGGUGAUGGGGCCGACGGUGAUGGCGGUGGCGGUGAUGGCGGUGAUGGCAGUGACGGUGAUGGCGGUGACGCUGAUGAUGAUGAUGAUGAUGGCGGUGAUGGCGGUGACGGUGAUGAUGAUGAUGGCGGUGAUGGUGGUGACGGUGAUGACGACGACAAUGAGUUUUAUGACGACGAUGACGACGACGACAAUGAGGGAGAGCGGAAGGCGUGGGAGCUGUCCGUGCGGGUCUCCAUGAGCAGCGAGUGGAGGAGGAGGAUGGCGCAGAGUGACGUGCACUACCAUCUGCAAGCCGAGGUCUCCACAAGGAGGGGUGUCACUAGCACGGAGCGCUUUGUGGGAUGUCGCUACCGCCACGCGCUGCCUCAGCCUGCAGGCGCCGCUGAGUACUGCGUCCGCGUGAGAGUCGUAGUCAACUACCCGCGGUGGAAGACAGGGGAGUGGUCUCCCCUGUCGUGUGUCUCCGUCCCUCCACCACACAGCGCCGUGGCCGCCACCACCGCCGCCACCUCCCGCUCCUCCCGACCCUCGUCCGCGGUGUCUACGGGAGACGAGGCGACGCUCCCCGCCGGUGGCGGCAGCGCCUCCAUCAGCUUGAUGGCGGCCAUAGCGGUGCUGGCGAUCCUCCCCUUCGUGGUGUGCACCACGUGGGGCACACGGAGUGCCGGCAAACGUGGCGCGGACGAGCAAGGAGGGAGCUCCCCGAGCCUGGUGCCUGAGAGAGAUGCCGUCUCUGCCGAGUGCAGCGACGAGGAGGCCGCCACGGCGCGGAUGACAGAGCGGCACGCGGAGACGGAGGUGUAAGAGGAGAAGAGGUGGAGGAUGAGGUGUCAAGAGUCGGAGUCGGAAGUUUGUGUGUUUGUGGGCAAAGCGGCCACUGUAGUAGUACCGUCCUUGUUGCUGUUGUUAUAUUGAUGGUGAAAAGUUAUUUACCACCCACCCCCCUCACCCCGACUUUAUAUUGAAGCUUUUAGUUGUGUGAUGUCCGGUACUCACACAGAGACCCAAAGACUCGCCACACAGAGACCCACAGAGUCACCACACAGAGACCCACAGACUCACCACACAGAGACCCACAGACUCACCACACAGAGACCCAUAGACUCACCACUCAGAGACCCACAGACUCACCACUCAGAGACCCACAGACUCACCACACAGAGACCCAUAGACUCACCACUCAGAGACCCACAGACU